CGUGUCAACUUGGUUAGGCCAUGUGUGGUUGCCCUUCAUUUUGUGAUUUUCUUAUGUGUUAUAAAUCAUAAUCUUUGCCUAUGGUUAAAAAGUAUUAGGGUGGGAUGUAACACUGUUACCAGGUCACAUCCCUGAUCUAGUAUAAAGGGAGUUUCCCUGGGAUGUGGCUUGCACCACCUUUUGUCUCUCAAGAGAUAAAAAGGAAAGAGAAGCAAGCAGAGAGUUGGGGACCUUAUACCACCAAGAAAGCAGUGCUGGAAGCAGAGCGCGUCCUUUGGACCCGGAGUCCCUGCGCAGAGAAGCUCCUAGUCUGGGGGAAGAUUGAUGAGAAGGCUGACAGAGAGAGAAAGCCUUCCCCUGGAGCUGACAUCCUGAGUUUGGACUUGUAACCUACUAGACUGUGAGAGAAUAAACUUCUCUUUGUUAAAGCCAUCCACUUGUGGUAUUUCUGUUAUAGCAGCACUAGAUGACUAAGACACUAAAAAAAAAAAAAAAAAGACAGUAGCCAAGCCUUUUUUUCUAGUCAGCUUCAUUGAGGUAUAAUUUACAUUCAGCAAAAUUCCCACAUUUUACAUGUACAGAUCGAUGACUUUGGACAAUUUUUACUACCACCCCAAUCAAGAUACAGAACAUUUUCAUCUCCUCAGAAAAUUCCCUCAGUGCCUUUUGUACCUCUGCACCAGGGGAGAACAGGAUAUUAGAGAAUCAUUUUCAACAUGUGAUUCAUGUCUUACAUCAUUAUCUCAUGCAGAUGUUGCCUUAGUACAGAGUUUUGUUUUUUUUUUAAACACCCCAGGACACUGUUUUUGGAACUUUUCCUUAUUCAAGAGAAAACUUUUCUUCUUAAGCUUCGUUCUCCUUCCACACAAAGUUGUUGUUAGAAGAGGAACUAAGUCAUAUUGCUUAUGUUUGCUCUUUUUUAGUCGAGCAAAAGAUGUGAUUAUACCAGCAAAGCCACCUGUCAGCUUUUUCUCCUCGAGGUCGCCGGUCCUUGACCUCUUCCAGGGGCAGCUGGACUACGCAGAGCACAUUCGCCGGGACUCGGAGGUGGUGCUGCUGUUCUUCUAUGCCCCGUGGUGUGGCCAGUCCAUCGCUGCCAGGGCAGAAAUUGAGCAAGCAGCAAGCCGGCUUUCAGACCAGGUGUUGUUUGUGGCAAUUAACUGCUGGUGGAACCAGGGGAAAUGCAGAAAACAGAAACACUUCUUUUAUUUUCCUGUAAUAUAUCUGUAUCAUCGGAGUUUUGGACCAGUCGAAUACAAAGGCCCCAUGAGUGCUGUUUACAUUGAGAAGUUUGUCCGCCGGGUGAUGAAACCACUUCUGUACAUCCCAUCUCAAUCAGAAUUGCUAGAUUUUCUCUCAAACUACGAGCAGCCUGGAGUACUCGGAUACUUUGAGUUCAAUGGCUCACCCCAACCACCUGGCUAUUUGACCUUCUUCAAAUCAGCCUUGCAUUCAUUAAAGAAAGAUUACCUAGGAACAAUACGAUUUGGGGUUAUCACAAAUAAGCAUCUUGCGAAACUGGUAUCCUUAGUACACUCUGGAAGUGUGUAUUUACAUAGACAUUUCAACACAUCACUUGUCUUUCCCAGGGAAGUCAUCAACUACACAGCCGAGAACAUCUGUAAAUGGGCCUUAGAAAACCGGGAGACACUCCUUCAAUGGCUGUGGCCACAUGGAGGCAAGAGUCUUCUACUAAAUAAUGAACUGAAGAAAGGACCAGCACUUUUUUUAUUCAUACCUUUUAAUCCCUUAGCAGAAAGUCACCCUUUGAUAGAUGAGAUCACCGAAGUGGCCUUGGAGUACAACAACUGUCAUGGGGACCAGGUAGUAGAGCGCCUCCUCCAGCACUUGCGGCGGGUGGACGUUCCGGGGUUCGAGUCGCUGGCACCUGAGGCGCCAGCCCAGCUGCCAGACCCACCACUGAUCACCACAUCACCCUGCUGUAACACUGUGGUGCUGCCCCAGUGGCACGCCAUCUCCAGGACCCACAAUGUCUGUGAGCUGUGUGUCAACCAGACCGCCGGGGGCAUCAGGCCCAGCUCAGUCAGCAUGCCACAGUGCAGCUUUUUCGAGAUGGCAGCAGCUCUAGAUUCCUUCUACCUCAAGGAGCAGACAUUUUAUCACGUGGCAUCAGACAGCAUAGAAUGCAGCAAUUUUUUAAGCUCUUAUAGUCCUUUCAGCUACUACACUGCAUGUUGCAGGACCGUAAACAGGGGUGUGACGGGCUUCACUGAUUCUGAACAAGAGGUCUUUGAAACCCCAGCCCUUGCAUUCUCUUCCCUGGAGAAGAAAUGUGAGGCUGCUUCCCCGAGCUCCGUUCCUCACAUUGAGGAUAACCGGUUCCUCUUUCCUGAAGUGGACAUGGAUAGCACAGACUUCACAGGUCUAAGCUGCAGAACCAACAAGACCCUGAACAUCUACCUUUUGGACUCAAAUUUAUUUUGGUUAUAUGCAGAGAGGCUGGGCGCCCCAAGCGUCACACGCGUGAAAGAAUUUGCUGCAAUUGUGGAUGUGAAAGAAGAGUCUCACUAUAUCUUGGACCCCAAACAAGCCCUUAUGAAGUUCACCCUAGAGUCUUUUAUUCAAAACUUCAGCGUUCUCUACAGUCCCUUAAAAAGGCAUCUUAUUGGAAGUGACUCUGCCCAGUUCCCUUCUCAGCAUUUAAUCACUGAAGUGACAACUGAUACCUUUUGGGAAGUAGUCCUCCAAAAACAGGAUGUUUUGCUGCUUUAUUAUGCACAGUGGUGCGGCUUCUGUCCAUCCCUCAAUCACGUCUUUAUCCAGCUAGCUCGUCUCCUGCCAGCGGACACAUUCACUGUGGCAAGGAUUGAUGUAGCUCAGAAUGAUCUUCCUUGGGAAUUUAUGGUUGACCGUCUCCCUACUGUGUUAUUUUUUCCCUGCAACAGAAAGGACCUAAGUGUGAAAUAUCCCGAAGACCUUCCCAUCACCCUCCCGAAUCUGCUUAAGUUCAUCUUGCAUCACUCAAACCCUGCUCCCACCCCCCAGAACCUGGCAAACCCACCUACCAAAGAAUGUCUGCAGAGUGAGGCCGACGUGCAGCAGGGGCACAUAUCCCACCUGGAGCGAGAGAUCCAGAAGCUGCGGGCGGAAAUCAGCGCCCUCCACCGCGCGCAGGUGCAGGUGGAGGCCCAACUGUCCAGCGCCCGCAGGGACGAGCACCGGCUGCUGAGGCAGAAGCAGACCCUGGAGAAGCAGCACAGCCUGCUCCGGUUGCACAGCGAGCAACUGCAGGCUCUGUACGAGCAGAAGACCGGUGAGCUUGAGGAGGUGGCCCACAAGCUCCAGGAGCUGGCCGACGCCUCUGAGAACCUCCUCACUGAGAACACGUGGCUCAAGAUCCUGGUGGCGACCAUGGAGAGGAAACUAGAGGACAAGGACGCAGGCGAGAUGCUCACCUCCCUGAAGGAGGCGCACUCCAACCACCCUGAGCCUGCAGGGGCGCCCCGCUUACCUGGCAGCACCCCUCCGCCCUCCAACGGUAGUGCCACACUGGCAUCCGAAAGGAAUAACGAGAACAGGACAGACUAACUUUUAAAAUGACAUGAAGAAAUCAGAGGGGAAAACUGUAUAUUGGGAAUAUAUUUAUGCAAAUUUUAUUGAAAUUUAUUGUAAAUAAAGAUUUUCUCAGUGGUCUAGAAAAUCAGCUUGA